CGGGUGGGGCGGGGCGGGGCGGGGGCCCGCUGCCCCGGCCAUGGCUCAGACGGAGCCCCCGAAGGCAGUGCAGCUGUGGCGCGACGCCGCCCUGCGCGCUCGGAAGCUGCGGGAUGGCCCCGGCGAGCCCGAGCCGGACGCAGGGCCACCAAUGGGGCCACCGCCGUCCCCUGGUGCCGCCGCUCCUCGCCGCCCGUCCCUGGCGGCGGCGGCGCUGGGGGAGCUGGAGGCGCUGAACCUGAGCGGGCGGGGGUUGGAGGAGCUGCCCGAGGAGGUAGGCGCCGCCCUGAGUGGGCUGCGGGUGCUCAGCUUGCGGCGCAACCGGCUGGGCCACCUACCCGCGGCCGCCCUGCGCCACCUGGGCCGUCUGGCCGAGCUCGACCUCAGCCACAACCGGCUGCGGGGCCUGGGGGACGGCGGGGCGCUGGCCGGGCUGCGGGGCCUGCGCAAGCUCAGCCUCAGCCACAACGAACUGGGCGCCGAGGGCCCGGGGCUGCCCCCUCGCCUCGCCGAGCUGGGAUGCCUCGAGGAGCUCGACCUCAGCUUCAACCGCCUGCGCCGCCUGCCCGAGGGCCUGGGCCGUCUGCGGCAUCUCCGCACCCUAGACGUCGACCACAACCUGCUGCCCUCCUUCCCUGCCCCGCUGCUGGAGCUGGCCGCCCUGGAGGAGCUUGACUGUUCCGGUAACCGGCACCUCAGGGCCCUGCCCGAGGGCAUCGCUGCCCUCCGCCGCCUCAAGAUCCUCUGGCUCAGCGGCACCGGGCUGGCAUCUCUGCCCGAGGGUCUCUGCCAGCUGAAUGUCCUCGAGAGCCUCAUGCUGGACGGCAACCAGCUGCAGGUGCUGCCCGCUGAUUUUGGCAGACUGCAGCGACUCAAGAUGUUGAACCUCUCAUCCAACCUGCUGGGGGAGUUCCCCUCUGCCAUCUUGGCGCUGCCCAGUCUGGAGGAGCUCUACCUGAGCCGCAACCAGCUCACCAUGCUGCCCUCUCACCUCUCUCAGCUCCACCAGCUCCGGACUCUCUGGCUGGACAACAACCACAUCCGCUACCUGCCUGACUCCAUCGUGCUCCUCCACAGCCUAGAGGAACUGGUCCUGCAAGGCAACCAGAUCGCCAUCCUGCCUGAGGGCUUCGGGCAGCUUUCCCGUGUCACCCUGUGGAAGAUCAAAGACAACCCCCUCAUUCAGCCCCCCUAUGAGGUGUGCAUGAAAGGCAUCCCCUACAUCGCAGCUUACCAGCAGGAGCUGGCGCACUCCCAGCCUGCCCUCAAACCUCGCCUCAAAUUAGUCCUCAUGGGCCUAAAGGAUGCAGGAAAGACCCUGCUGAGACAGCGUCUCAUGGAGGAAAAUGAGCAAAGAGAGGAUGUGGGAAGACUAGAGGCAGAGAACACCCAGCACAGAGGGUUUCCUGGGCAACAGCAGGACAUUGAAAGGGUGACAGUUGGGUGCUGCCCCUUUCCGGAGCCUCAAGACAAUUUCUCAACUCCGGUACCUGUCAUGCAGCAGGUGGAACGUCUCCCUGCUGAGCGGCAGGAUAUCCCUUCUCAUGUGCCCUCUUGCCGAGCAAAAGGGGACACAACAUGCCCUGCACCGUCACUGCCACCCAAUGCUCCCCGAGUAUCACUGGGACUAGGACUAUCAGGAGGCAGUAAGGGCAUUGAGGUGAUGGACUGGACAGCAGAUGCAGAGAGGGGCCUGACAUUUAUUGUGUAUGAGCUGGCGGGGGACCCAAGCUAUGAUGUGAUCCAGUCUUUCUUCCUCUCCCCUGGAGCCUUGUAUGUGCUGGUGGUGAAUUUGAGUGCCUACAUCCCUCAGCACUUCUACCCCUCUGUGGGCUAUUUCUUACACUGGCUCAGUUCCAAGGUGCCCCAUGCUGUAGUGUGCAUGGUGGGAACCCAUGCUGACCUCUGUGCGGAGCGUGAGUUGGAAGAGAAGUGCCUGGACAUCCAUCACCAGAUUGCUCAGCAGGAGAAGAGGGAUGCUGAGGGACUCCAGAACUUAGUCCAGCAGGUGGAUGAGGCUUUGGGACAGGACUUUGACCUGCGUUGCUCCAGUCCGCAUGCUGCCUUUUACAGAGUCUCAGACAAGAACUUACGGCGAAAGAAAGCCCAGUUUCAGUAUCUUCUGAACCACCGCCCACAGAUCCUCUCUCCAGUGCUACCUUUCAGCUGCCUGGACCACUGCCAGCUGCGUCGCCUGCGGGACAAGCUGCUCUCGAUGGCUGAGCACCGGGAUAUCUUCCCAAACCUGCACCGGGUGUUGCCUAAGUCCUGGCAAGUGCUGGAGGAGCUGCACUUCCAGCCUCAAGCUCAGCAGUUGUGGCUUAGCUGGUGGGACUCUGCCCGGCUGGGCUUGCAGGCAGGCCUGACGGAGGAUCGGCUCCAGAGUGCCCUGUCCUACCUGCACGAGAGUGGAAAGCUGCUCUACUUUGAGGAGCAUCUCACCUUGCGGGAGUAUGUGUUCCACAACCUGCCACGGCUCAUAGACAUCCUCAAUGUCUUUUGCCAGCGGGAUGCCACCGUGCUGCUCCAGAAACUGCUCAGCGACACCCAGAUUGACGAACUGAGGACCACUCAGCUCCAUCAUUAUGUGGAGGGCUUCUUGCUGCAUGGCCUCCUUCCUGCCCAUGUUAUCCGUCUCCUUCUUAAGCCCCAUGUCCAGACUCGGGAGGAUCUGCAACUCAUUCUGGAGCUGCUGGAGAAGAUGGGGCUAUGUUACUGUGUCAACAAACCCAAAUGCAAACCCUUAAAUGGGACAGCUGCUUGGUACAAGUUUCCCUGCUAUGUAAAAAAUGAGGUGCCCCAUGCAGAGGCAUGGAUCAAUGGCACCAAUCUGAGUGGACAGUCGUUUGUGGUUGAGCAGCUGCAGAUUGAAUAUAGCUUUCCAUUCAUUUUCCCACCCGGCUUGUUUGCACGCUACAGUGUCCAGAUUAACAGCCAUGUGGUUCAACGCUCAGAUGGCAAAUACCAGAUUUAUGCCUACCGGGGAAAGGUGCCUGUGGUGGUGAGUUACCGGCCUGCCAGGGGCGUGCUGCAGCCAGACACUCUGUCUAUUGCUAGUCAUGCGUCCCUACCAAAUAUCUGGACAGCUUGGCAAGCUAUUACGCCUUUAGUGGAAGAACUGAAUGUCCUGCUCCAGGAAUGGCCGGGCCUGUACUACACUGUGCAUGUCCUCUGUUCAAAGUGCCUUAAAAGAGGGUCACCCAAUCCACACACUUUUCCAGGAGAACUGCUGAGUCAGCCCAGACCAGAGGGAUUGACGGAGAUCAUCUGUCCCAAGAACGGCAGCGAGCGAGUUAAUGUUGCCUUGGUUUACCCCCCUACUCCUACUGUGAUCAGCCCUUGUUCCAAAUAAACCGUCACUGCUGCUGCCGAAGGUUUUCCACUGGGCAGAACAUGGCUGAUGCUCUGCAGUACUCCCGUCUUUCCAGUUGUGGAGUUGAUGCUGACAGGGAUCAAUGGGACUUUGGACUUUAGACCCUGGAAGAAAUGCUGUGGGGCAGGGGCACCUCCCAGAUGGGGGCCUCAUGGCUAGAGUGGAUGAAGUCAUCUGGAGGUUGGGGAUGACAAGGUGUGAAGGAAAAUGAUUGCUGCAGAUGGCAGGGCUGCUGGCCAGAGAGAAAGUACUGGAAAUAGGUUUCUGUGGACCCACUGAUCAGGUGUUGAAAACCCAUUUGGAUCUCAUGAUGAAUGUAGAAAUGUUCUUGGUAUACCCUUCAUUUCAGACCUGCUUGGAGGAGAGUCUCUUGAAAUUAGCUGUAGUGGGAUUCCCUGGAUUUGUUCCUGGACAAGUGAGUUUUGUGGCAGUUGGCCAAGGCUUUGCCAGGGAGCGGGUUGGUACUGUGAAACCUUUAAAAUUGUUCCACCACAAAACAGCUGGCUGUGUCCCGUGCAGCAAUCUUGAGCAGAGGCUGGCAGAGAAGCAGGCUGGGACACAUUUCCUGCCCUGUGUGUUCACAUACAUUGUGCCAUGAAAUGGUGAGGAUGUGCUGUGCUUAUGCAGUGCAGUGUGCCUCUGGCAUAUGCUAGUUCUUAUCCCUAGUGUUACCAUUAUCCCUGAACAACUGCUGGUCUGCCAUGUCUGGAUGCUUUGGUACUGCCAUUGUGGUACUCUGCGUGCAUUGUGUGCACUAGAGCACUAAAAAUCUAGUACUUUGUCAUCCUCCUAGGAAAGCUACCCAGGUAACUUUGUGCAGAGAUCUGAUGAACAGUCUGGCUGUGUGGUACAAACUGGGCUGACCCUGGCAGCCAUGCUUCAUGAGCAGCCAUUUGCCCUCUCCAGAUGUGGGAAGGAGUAGGCUAAACACUGGCACCAAAGUUCUGGUUUCUCCCCAGCUAUGUGGCUUUGAGGACUUCUAAGAUGUUGCUGUUAGAUUGUGCCCUGCAGCUGAGCCCUGAUAACUGUGCUGAGUCCUGCUCUAUGCAAAUAUUUAUUUCGUGUAAAUCAAUAGGAGGCAGGCAUUUCCAGAGCCAGGAUCCCUUCAUCAGAUGCUUGGGGAGGUCUGAGAGAUGAGGAACUUAAAGUACUUCUGUUAAUAUACAGCUCUUAACUGUUUGGGCUGCGAUGGCAGACCUGGGAUGCGUGGUACAAGUCAGCAGGCAAUGCCCACCAGGAUGUGAGCUGGGCUGAGCCUACAACAACUGCAAGACAAUGAUGUGUUCUGUUGGGACCUGCUGCUGCUGCAUAGAUGAUACUCCCCUGGUUUCUGAUCCUUCAAAUGCCAGCCUUAUGUGCAAGGCUGUAAAUCUUCCCACUAGCAAGAACUUAAUGCUGGGAAAGCAGGGCUGAAUCUACUUCAGCAGGAGAUCCAGAGACCAGGUAGAAGAAAUCAAGCCAUGUACCUUACUUCAGGGGGAAAAGCUGUCAAAUAAAAGCUGGCGGCUCAGUCAGCUUCCAGUCCCUUCAGGAUGUAAUUCCCUUGGGAGUGUAGCUUGGGUUCAGAUUUCAUGUGUUGACCUGCUACCUCUGGCAAUGAACCUUAUAUCAGGGAGAAUCAUUGAUUGUGUUGCUGUGGAUAAGCUGGAGACUCAAAAUUGUGGUGGCUGGAGGAGAUGAAAGGGAGAUGAGAUCUUUGAAUGGUGCUUAGGAAUAAUGCUAGGAAACUCCCUUGUCCUGAGUCUUGCUGCCCAUGAAACAUGCCUGGUACAGGGAAGACUUGUGUUAGAGCAUUCCCUAUGUCACCUCCCAUGCUGGGCAGCCUUCUCCUGUUUUGCUGCUACUCAUCUCUCUUUCCAUUCUCCAUAGGAAGAAACUAGCGAUUUGUUGCUGUGAAGUUGCGUGGAAACCACAUUGUAAAGAAACCACAAACUGGAAUCCUUUUCCAGCUGGAGGCCUGUUUCCCAGUGUACCCAUCUGGUCUGGGAUGUGUGAGCACUGAAGGAGUGCGAGGACAGAGCAGACGUCUUACAGCCUGCUCCUUGGGACCGUAGCCCUCCUGCCAGGGUGUGCCACCUCCGUGGGAGCACUCCUUGGCCUUUGCAGGCACUCAGGCUGCUGCUGUGCACUGAAGCUGUAAUGCUGGGAGUGUGGCAGUAUGGAGAUCGAUCUAGUUGGGUCUGUUUAAUACAAAAUGGUGAUUGUUCAUCCACCCACUGUUUAGUAAGUAGUAUAACUGUGUUUUCAUCCAAAUUUUUAAAAUAGGCAAAAGCCAUUUAAUUUUCUAUGCAGUUCAGAAAUAUCUCCCCUUUGCAGUUGCCAGGUGGAAGAUCCAUGUAGGAGAACCAAACCAAGCGGCUCAUAGUACUUUUGAUUUUGUCUUUGAAGGAUGCACUCUGAGAUCCUCAUACAGCAUCCCUUUACUGAGCUCCUGCCUCAGACCCCAUUUAAUAUCCCUGAGCCCCAGGAAAGAGGGCCCUGUAUUUUUGAAGUAUCUGUAAUUUUUCAUUAAUCAAGCCACAAGGAAAGAGAGCUUGAAUGCAGUGCCCUAACAGCAGAUACCUGAGUUCAGAGUAUGUAUUAUGUUCCUGUUCUCAUCCCUGCUUGGAGAGUUACCAAACUGUUAGUAAUUUCUAAGGCCUCUGUGGAGCACUCUGCAGUCUUUACUGAAGAUGUAUUAUAAAGAGGUCAGAAAGAACUGGGGCAUCAGCUGUCUCCCUGUGGAACUGACAAUGAAUUUAACUCCUUUGGAAUAGAAGGAGAAUCUCCUGGCAAUCUCCUAGAUGCCUACUUCACUCAAGGCGAUUGUACUGGUUUUGCUUACUGGCUUGCAGACCCCUUGCUUGACUGGUUUUUGAUUUCCUGCUGAAACUGGUUCAGACAGGUUUGGAAGCAGAGCUAGUGAGCUGCUUUGCACGCCAGGAUUUUCAGCAGCUGGAAGAUGUCCUGGAGUACCUUGUGUUAUGUUCCGAAGCAAAACCUGGAAUUCAAACUUGCAACCGUCCAAGUGAAACUCCCGGGAUAGCAGCUUUGCCUUCUUCUGGGUUUGUGAGGAAUUGCAUGUCCCUAAGCAGCAUACAAAUAUGUAGACGUGAGUGAGAGUGAGCGCAAAGGGUAAUGCUGCACAUCUAGGUAAUUUUAGGGCUUACAGGAAUACUUGGAGACUUCUGGCAACUGCAGAGGGUCCUGGGUGAUGGGACACCUCGUUUUAACUGUGCUAUAAGCAAAAAAAAAAAAGUAAAAUUGUUGUUAGUCUGCCACAAGGCCAGGAUGCCUUUACUAGUCUCCUUUCAUGGCAAUGCUGUUCUUUAUGCAUUGUCUUUGCUCUGAGCUUGGUGGAUUCAGCUUUAAAAAGUUAGACUGAAAUAGAGCCUUUGGGAUUUACAGUUUGGGAUGUACCCUGCCAUAUGGUCUCCCAGAUCAGAUAGAAGAGACUGGGAGCUGCAGAAGCAUGGGUCAUCUCCCUUGCAGCAUCCCCAAUGCCACAGUUUCAUGGUGGCUGUAUAACUCAGUAGUAUAUUUGGGUGCUGCUUUCCCAGGAACUUGGCUGUGCUGUAGCACUGGAGCUUAUGUGGGAUCCCUGUUCUCUUCCCCGUUGUAUCUCUGAGGCAGUUAAAGUUUGUCAAAGCAGUUGAGGCUCCUCACUGUGAGGAGUUAGAUUCGGUUGUGUCAAAGCGAACUGCAAAUGUUACUUAGGAACUCACUAAGUGAGAUGAAAAUCCACUAACUCACUCCUGCAGAGACAGGUCCUGGAGCUCUGUUCCUCUUGCACCCUUUGGAUGGGAUCUUGGGCUGGCAUCCUUGGAACAGCAGUGCCAGGAGGUGGAGAUGCUGCACUGCAGUAAACACAAGAAGAGGCAAGCUAGUGGGCUUCAGUGUAGUACUCAUCACAUGCUUCAUGGCUCAGUUCAUGGACUGUAAUUGCAGGUAUUCAUAUAAUCUAUAUCACUGGGCAGGACUCUGUGGACACACACGUGCAUGCCCAGACAUACAUGCACCACACUCACGCUUGCCCACACAUCCUCACCAAAAUGACUGAAAAUAAAAGUGAUCUCAAUCUCCA